GAUCGAAGACGAGAGCGAUUUUGCGCGGGUUUGACGGACUUAUAUUAGCCGUGCCAUCGUGUUAUCGCGAAAGGGAUUCUAGGGGGAUUGUUGUCAAAGAGACGAAAAAAAACGUCAGAUAUAUAUCGAGCCUCGGUGAAUCAUGGAAAGGCGCGCCUGAAACGGUGAGUUCCAGAUUGAGCGUGGUGCGCGUCGAAGUACGUAAAUCGCGAUUCGCUGCACUUGACGUUAAUUUAUGACGAGAAAAACGGAGGAAAACGUCAAGAACGCGUUUAAAAAACUUGACCGGUGCUUCGACAUGACGUAAGAGCGUGGCAGUCGGCCCAAUCCUCAAUGUCGCGGGAUUACGCUGGAUACUUUAGUUGCGGUUAAACCAAAUGUUCGUUCAUUGUCUAUAUCUAGAAGGAGAGAGAGAGAGCAACAGAGAAAGAGAGAGAGAGAGAGAGAAAGGAAGAGAACAGCAAAGUGUAAAGUUAGACUUACUUAACCCAAAUUUAUCCAGCCGGAUGAAAAGGCGCUAGUCCCGGACUUUGCUGAACUUUUUAUCGAUGGUGCACGAGAAUAGAUCAAUUGCAAACGUAUCUGUUUUCAGCGCCGGCUAUGAGAUCAUUGUACAAACAUCAUGACGGAUACUCGCCCUUGCCGCGACACGAAGGACCCUCCCUGUCUCCGCCGAGUUUUCUCAUCGGACUCGCGCGGCGAGCACGUUGAAGGGACCGCGAAGAAUGCGCGAGCGUAAGCACGAAUCGAGAGGUAUCGGUGUGUGAAAAAGCGUGCGGGAUCUGGACGGUUCGCGAAGCAUAGUGCCGGAAAUUUUAGUGUCUUCUAGUUUCGACAGCUCGGUCAACCAUGAAGAAACAGUUUUUUCGGGUGAAGCAGCUCGCCGAUCAGACCUUCUCCAGAGCUGGUAGAACAGAAGUAUUAACGGAUGAUUUGGUGGGUGCCGACAAGCAUGUUGAACAGAUUAGAGCAGCUCUUACUGGUCUCAGUAAAAGACUCGGGAACCCACCGAACCAAACUAUUACACAAGACCAGGCUCUUAAGGAAAAACGUUUGAAAAAAUGCCCUGAAUAUAUACUUGGCCAAACCAUGUUGGAAAAUGCUGGUGAAGAUGGCCUCAUGAGUUUUGCGCUAGUAGAAUGUGGACGAGUACAAAUGUCACUGGCUAAUGAAACUGUAGAACAUGAGGCAAAAGUUGAGCAAUAUGUAGCUGCUCCAUUGCAGCAUAUUUUAGAUACCGAUGUACCAAAUAUAUUGAAGCAUAAAAGGAAUUUAGCACGGCAUAUUUUAGACAUGGACAGCGCUAGAACGAGAUAUUUUCAAGCAAUUAAACACAGCACUGGUACGGGUGCAACAAAGAUAGAUAAUUUAAAAGAGGAAUUAGAAGAUGCCGAAUCGAAAGUUGAGCAAUGCAGAGAUCAAUUAGCUGCAGAGAUGUUUCAGCUCAUGUCGCGAGAGACUGAACUAGCUCAAACAAUUAUCCAAUACAUAAAACUUCAGCGAGCAUAUCAUGAAAGCGCGUUGCAUUGUCUUGAAGAUCUUAUACCUGGAUUGGAGAGUUAUAUUAAUGAUAAUGAAAUGAAACCGGUCUAUGGAUAUCCUCUUGAAGAACAUCUUAGGGUGACAAACAGAAAAAUCGCACUGCCCAUACAAUUAUGUGUAUCUGCAUUAUUGCGGUUGGGUAUAGAGGAAGAAGGUCUUUUUAGAAUAGCUGGCGCCGCAUCGAAAUCACGACGAAUUAAGUUAAGUUUAGAUGCCUGUUGUCUCACUUUAGCGACGGCUCUUGAAUACAAAGAUCCGCAUGUUAUUGCCGGCGCAUUGAAAUCAUAUUUACGUGAAUUACCAGAACCUCUAUUAACGUACAAAUUGUAUCAUGAAUGGAUGGCUGCAGCAAAAAUUUCGCAUAAUGACACGAGAUUACGAGCUCUUUGGGAGGUAUUACAUAAAUUGCCACCGACGAACUUGGAAAACUUGCGGUUUUUAAUUAAGUUCUUAGCUGUACUCACGAAAAAUCAAGAUGUAAAUAAAAUGACGCCGCAAAACAUUGCUAUUGUCAUUGCACCAAACCUGAUUUGGAGUCCACAAGAAGACACAAAUACAAUAGUGAUGAAUAUGAGUACAGCGAACAACUCUAGUCUUAUAGUAGACCAAUUAAUUACGUAUGCAGAUUGGUUCUUCCCUGGCGAAGUGGAUUUCGAUCGUGACCUAGACAUCGGUAUUGUGAAUGAUACGGAAAGUCAGAGUAUUGGUAUGCGUCGUUGUGUAUCCAACAGUAGUCUCAGUGAUCACGGUGAAAGUCCAACGCAAGGCAGUCCGAAACCAGCGGCGCGUCGAAAAAAUAAACCUGCACCAACACCGCCGAGUGGCAAUACUCCGGACAGACAUGAAAAAAGAGACGACAAGCCACCUCCGACACCGGACAAACCACCGAGAGUAUUGACCUCGACUCUAAAUCGAUCGACAUAUAAAGCUCAAAAGCACGAAGUAAACACCGAAUUGAUACGACACGAAAGCAAUAUAGAAAAGCAUGACAAACAUGCGGAAACGGAUACGAAGUCGCAAUUAAUCACGGAAUCGAUCCCAACAGAAUCAAUUCAUUUUCUUGAUAAUCCCGAACGAUUACAAGAAACCAGCGCACACCAAAGUGAAGUCUUCAAUGAUGUAGACAAAAGUAACCAAGAAUUGCAAAGAUAUGAUACAAAAAUAAAUAUGCCAAGUGCAAAGGAAAAACCAAAUGGAAACUCAUCCGAUAAUGUUGCUAAGAUUACGGAAAUCGAGCAUAAUGAAAUUGCAAUACAGAAGCCAAAACCAAUAUCUACAGAAAAACCUUCCACAUUAGAAAGGAGAAGACCAGUUGCAGCACCAAGAAGUAUAACAAAUGUUGUGCAUAACACAGAUGAAGGCGUUGAAUUACGUAAAAAAUUAGACAGCAAUGUUAUUAAUAUGCAUGUGUCUCCAAAUGAAAGAAGCUGUAAACCAGCGAUUCCUGAACGACCACCCGGCUUAGUUCGUCCAUCGAGCCUCAUUAGACAACAACCGCGUCCCACUAAUGACAAUCUAGAAACUGAUCCAGGACCUUUAACAUUGGAAAGAGCUCACGUGUAUUCUGUGGACAAACAACAGGUCAGUAUAAUACAAGUGCGUGGGGGGAACAACAUCAUCCCGAGCAUGGAGAGCACUGGCAACACGGCAACUUCGAACUUGCAGAGAAGUCCAAGUGUGGGUAGUCGGCCGUCCUCAAUGUCACUGUACGGUGCCGAACGUUCGGAGAAACCCGAGAAGCUGGAUACGCCACAUGAACAAACCAAAGCGCACGCACGAACUAGAUCAGAAGGUAAUAUUGUGGACGUUCAAACGCAGACCAACACAGUGGUGACGAUUCUCAAGUCGCCGCAGCAGAAGCCAGCUUCACCGAGAGUAGUUCAUCAGCGACCACCGAGGCCGCAACCACCACCACCUCCGCCGCCUACCAUACGACCUAAAUCGGAACAAGAAAGUACUAAUCUCUAAUAGAGUUCGAUACAAAGUGCAAAAGACAAUCGCGAAAGAUAUCUCUGAUGUCUUUAUUAUUAGACUGCAAAGAAGAUUUUGCACACAUGAUAUCACCAAUGAAAUCUAUACAUGGGCAAAAAAUUAAUAGAAAUCUUCGAUUGAUGAAAAGCAUCGUGAUUGUAUUUAUAGAGGAACAUCGAUACACAUUCGUCCUUCAAGAAUUGAAAACAAGACAAUUAUAUUCCUAGAUUUGAUAAUAUUCGGACAAAGUUACUCUAUUUUUCCCGUGAUCUCUCUAUUUAUACGACUUCUUAUCAUAUUCCAACGGAUAAUCUACUGAAAAUAUUUUGACAAUUGCCAUGCAACAAGAAGGUAACAAGAGGAUCCAUAAAUAUGCAUUUGGACGAUUUAGAAAGCGCUUUCCAUUCGGCAGCUUUUAGCACGCCGUGCGUUGUAUCCAAAUCAGUUUUAGAUAUACAUCUAAUUUCGUAAUCGAUCAUGAUAUUUUUGCAGCUUAUUACCAAUUUUUAUACUUAUUACGAGUAAGUGAAGAUACAGCUCUAAGAAUAAGAAUAUGUUAGAUCACAUUUUUACUAUAAAUAUUGAAGCAUAAAGUAUGCUCAAUAUUUAAGUUAAACACUGUUAUAACAAACUGAACUUUAGUCUGCAAAAUGUUAAAUAACAUCAGUGUUUAAAAUAUGUUUAAAAUAUUAAUUUUUAAUUGAUAUGUCCAUUAAAAGGAAAAAAAUUAAUAUUUAAAAAAGGACUGACAUGAUCAGUAUGUUGGAAUUGAAUCAAUGGGUGAUAUUUAUUAACGAGGAUUGUUUGUUAAUCGUUAAAAAUGCUGAGAAAAAGUGAACGCAUCGGCGUCGUAUAUAUUUGAUCGAUUUGAUGUAUGAAUCUGGAUUACUGUUAUAUUUGAAAAGUAAAAAGGAUUUUUUUAAUAUUGUUAAAUAUAAUUUUUAUGUUUAAAUUACGGAAUAUUUACAUGCGAUAAACUCAUGAUCUUGGAUUAUCAGGCUGAGAUAAUCAUGCCUAUACAUAUCAGAUAUGUAUAUAUGUCUAUAAUAGAAUAUUUAUUAAUUAUAUCAUAUUAAUUCAAUUAUCUUCAUUAAUUUUUUGUUUUUCAAAAUAUAUGUAAAUUUUAACGAUUUACAAUUAAGCAGUACAAAAUUUUCUAACUUUAUUUUUCAGAAAUUCUUCAAGAAAAGUGUUAUUUCAUAAAUUAUUGAAAUAAAAUUGGAUCCUAAAAGAUCCCGAGUUUAUUGCAUUUUUGUUCUAUCGAAAGAGAAUGUUAGAUUUGCAUUUCUACAAAUUUUCGUGCGCGCUUGAAAUAUAUAAAACGAUUUUGAAAUUAUUUUAUAUUGUUUAUAUUAUUUUAUAUUGUUCACAAUAUUAAUUAAAAGCGAGUUAAAUUUAUUAAAAAUCUAGCCAAUAACAAAUCACGCAUUUACCCAAGGUGUGCUUAGGCUGUGAAUGUAAUGGACUAUUAGAGGAGUUAUUUGUACAUAAAUAAAGAUUUACUCUCUAUUACACAGAACACAGUGAA